AUGGGGGUAGUAAAAAUUAAGGCGCUAUAUGCUUUAAUCAUGUCACUAACUAAACGUAAACGUUCUGAAGAAAAGGAAGAACUAAUAGAAAAUGGUGAUAUAACAUUUAACGGGGGACGUAGUAAUAUUAAAGGCGAUGAAAUAAAUAUAGCCGUUUUACUGUUUCUUUACACCCUUCAAGGCAUACCUUUAGGGUUGGCAGUACAGUAUCUUAUUGGGAUUGUUAUGAUAGUAAUGUCCAGGAGCAUUACGGAAUGGUUGGGAUCAGAAGAACAUGCUCCUUCAAUGAUGCUGUUGACUAUAUCUUUCCUGUUCCUCAAUUUUUUGGCCGCUACACAGGAUAUUGCCGUGGAUGGAUGGGCACUUACUAUGUUAAAAAGGUGUAAUGUUGGUCAUGCUUCAACUUGUAAUACUGUUGGCCAAACAGCUGGUUUCUUCCUUGGAUAUGUUAUGUUUCUAGCUUUAGAAUCCCCAUACUUCUGCAAUAAAUAUUUGAGGACCAUUCCAGAAGAUACCGGCUUGGUUACUUUAUCCAGUUUUCUUUUAUUUUGGGGGUGGGUUUUCAUUGUAACCACAACUGUUGUGGCACUAUUCAAACAUGAAGCAAAUGAUACAGUUAACACUAAAGAAAAUGAAGUUAAAGGAACAAAUGAUAUAGUAAAUGCCUACAAACAGUUGUUAACCAUUGUGAAACUUCCAGCUGUAAGGACAUUGACUUUAGUACUUUUUACAGCAAAGCUGGGAUUCUGUGCAAGUGAUGCUGUAUCAGGAUUAAAACUAGUUGAGGCAGGUGUGCCUAGGGAGGACCUAGCAUUACUUGCAGUCCCAUUAGUGCCUGUUCAAAUUAUAAUGCCUGUGAUCCUAUCAAAAUAUACAACAGGUCCAGCACCAUUAUCGCUGUGGCUGCGCGCAUUCCCAUUGCGACUACUAGUAGGCCCAUUAGCUGCAGCACUUGUGGCUUUAACUCCCAGCCUACUAGGGAACUCUGGGCCUUCCUACUUUUACCUUUUUAUCUUAAUGUGCCUGUAUGUCUUCCAUCAGACAUGUCUUUACUGCAUGUUUGUUGCGGUAAUGGCUUUCUUUGCUAAGGUAUCAGAUCCAGCUGUAGGUGGCACUUAUAUGACGCUGCUAAAUACAGUUUCUAACUUGGGAACCAAUUGGCCAAACACACUGGCCUUGUGGGCUAUAGACCAUUUGACUUACAAGAAAUGUUCAUUAGUGGAACUUAGUGACAAUACAUGUUCAUCAUCAUUGGAAACAGAACUCUGCAAGGAAAAAGGAGGCACGUGCGACGUAAUUUUUGACGGAUUCUACAUAGAGACAGCCAUAUGUUUAGUUGCUGGUUUCUUAUGGUUGCAAUGGGGCCGCUCGACUAUAAACCGCCUUCAGAAACUUCCACCAUCUGCCUGGCAAAUAGGCAGGCUCGGCAGA